UAAGCCUGUUUUCCCCUCCUUCCUCCUCUCCCCCCCUUUUUUGUUGGAAAGACAAAAUGUGCAGGGUGAUAGCUUCGGUGAAUUGAUGGCAUCCUUCCUCCUGCCAAGCCAACCCGUUUUCUAAAAUCCCCUUUAGGAAGGCUAGAGAAUUUUAUUCUGUUGGAGAAUAGAACCCUGAUGGUUGCUUGCACAGAGGGGAAAAGCAGAGAGGAAUACGGGAAUCGUCCUGUGCAAUCUAUUGUUUGAAACUUACUUUAUAUCAGAAAUUGAAGAUGAAAACGGAAAAGAAAUGGAGCAAUUUCAGUAACUAUCCUAUCUAACAUCUGUCUCACAUCUUAAGGAAUCUUACAAAUACUCACUUUGAAUUGAGAAAAUGACUGCAGCUAUAGAAGAAAGUACCUGCCCAGAAAGUGGAACAUCCUAUAGUUAAUUAGAAAGUAGUAUAAAAUAAAUAUAUCUGUUAUGGUGCGAUUCUGGAGUGAGGUUAACUCUAUAGCACACAGGUAGCUCUCCAAGGAGAAAGAAAAAAGAACUUUCUGUUUUUCUAAAUUAUGGAAAUUUUUUGGAAAACGUGGACAUGGAUUUUGAGCCUAGUCAUGGUUUCAUCGGAAUUUCUCAGUAACGGCAGGCUUUCAUACAGUUCUCAAGAGGAAUUCCUGUCUUACCUUGAACACUACCAACUAACAAUCCCAAUAAGGGUUGAUCAAAAUGGAGCCUUCCUCAGCUUUACUGUGAAAAAUCCUAAACCCUCAAGAAGGAGGAGGAGCACAGACCCUUAUGACCAAGAACUGGCAGCAUCUAAAUUAUUUUUUAAACUUUCUGCCUAUGGCAAGCACUUUCAUUUAAACCUGACUCUCAACACAGAUUUGGUGUCCAGACAUUUUACAGUAGAGUACUGGGGGAAAGAUGGACCGCAAUGGAAGCACGAUUUCUUAGACCACUGUCAUUACACAGGAUAUUUGCAAGACCAACACAGUACAACUAAAGUGGCCUUAAGCAACUGCAAUGGUCUGCAUGGAGUCAUUGCUACAGAAGAUGAUGAGUAUUUUAUUGAGCCUUUAAGAAAUAUAACAGAAGAUUCUAGUAACUAUAAUUACGAGAAUGGUCAACCUCAUGUUAUAUACAAAAAAUCUACCAUGCACCAGCAGCACCUCUAUGAUCACAGUCACUGUGGAGUAUCAGAAGACCUCACGAGAAGCAAAAAACCUGGGUGGAUGAAUGAUGCCUCUGCUUUUCCAGCUUCACUUCCAGUCAAUGGCACACUAAGUAGUCGUAGUCGACAGAAGAGAUCUGUAAGCCUUGAGCGGUUUGUGGAAACGCUGGUAGUAGCAGACAAAAUGAUGGUGGGAUACCAUGGUCGCAAAGACAUUGAACACUACAUUUUGAGUGUAAUGAAUAUUGUUGCCAAACUUUAUCGUGAUUCCAGCCUAGGAAACGUUGUGAAUAUUAUAGUGACACGUUUGAUUGUCCUCACUGAAGAUCAGCCAAACUUGGAGAUAAACCACCAUGCAGACAAGUCCCUCGAUAGCUUCUGUAAGUGGCAGAAAUCCAUUCUCUCCCACCAAAGUGAUGGAAACACCAUUCCAGAAAAUGGGAUUGCCCACCAUGAUAAUGCGGUUCUUAUUACUAGAUAUGAUAUCUGCACUUACAAAAACAAGCCUUGUGGAACACUGGGCUUGGCCUCUGUGGCUGGAAUGUGUGAGCCUGAAAGGAGCUGCAGCAUUAAUGAAGAUAUUGGCCUAGGUUCAGCUUUUACCAUUGCACAUGAGAUUGGUCACAAUUUUGGUAUGAAUCAUGAUGGAAUUGGAAAUUCUUGUGGGACCAAAGGUCAUGAAGCAGCAAAGCUAAUGGCAGCUCAUAUUACAGCAAACACCAAUCCUUUCUCCUGGUCAGCUUGCAGUCGGGAUUACAUCACCAGUUUUUUAGAUUCGGGCCGUGGUACUUGCCUUGAUAAUGAGCCUCCCAAGCGUGACUUUCUUUAUCCAGCUGUGGCCCCAGGUCAGGUGUAUGAUGCUGAUGAACAGUGUCGCUUCCAGUAUGGAGCAACAUCCCGCCAAUGUAAAUAUGGGGAAGUGUGUAGAGAGCUCUGGUGCCUCAGCAAAAGUAACCGCUGUGUUACCAACAGCAUUCCAGCAGCAGAAGGUACUCUUUGCCAAACAGGGAGCAUUGAAAAGGGGUGGUGUUAUCAGGGAGAGUGCGUACCUUUUGGCACUUGGCCCCAGAGCAUAGAUGGGGGUUGGGGUCCGUGGUCAAUAUGGGGAGAGUGCAGCCGGACCUGCGGGGGAGGAGUCUCCUCAUCUAUAAGACACUGUGACAGUCCAGCGCCGUCAGGUGGAGGCAAAUAUUGUCUUGGAGAAAGGAAGCGUUAUCGCUCCUGUAAUACUGAUCCGUGUCCUCCAGGGGCUCGUGAUUUUAGAGAGAAGCAAUGUGCGGAUUUUGACAAUAUGCCUUUCCGGGGAAAGUAUUAUAACUGGAAACCCUACACUGGAGGUGGGGUUAAACCAUGUGCAUUAAACUGCUUGGCUGAAGGGUAUAAUUUUUACACUGAACGUGCUCCUGCAGUAAUAGAUGGGACUCAGUGCAAUGCUGAUUCACUGGAUAUCUGUAUCAAUGGAGAAUGCAAGCAUGUAGGUUGUGAUAAUAUUUUGGGGUCUGAUGCUAAGGAAGAUAGAUGCCGUGUUUGUGGAGGAGAUGGGAGUACAUGUGAAGCCAUUGAAGGUUUCUUCAAUGGUUCAUUGCCCAGAGGAGGAUAUAUGGAAGUGAUUCAAAUUCCAAGAGGUUCUGUGCACAUUGAAAUAAGAGAAGUGGCAAUGUCAAAAAACUACAUUGCUUUAAAAUCUGAAGAGGAUGACUACUAUAUUAAUGGUGCCUGGACUAUUGACUGGCCAAGAAAAUUUGAUGUUGCUGGAACAGCCUUCCAUUACAAGAGGCCAACAGAUGAACCAGAGUCUUUGGAAGCACUAGGCCCUACUUCAGAAAACCUCAUAGUCAUGAUUCUGCUGCAGGAACAGAAUUUGGGGAUAAAAUAUAAAUUCAAUGUUCCGAUCUCUCGCACUGGCAGUGGAGACAAUGAGGUUGGCUUUGCAUGGAAUCAUCUGCCUUGGUCAGAAUGUUCUGCCACUUGUGCAGGAGGUGUCCAGAAACAAGAGGUGGUGUGUAAAAGGCUGGAUGACAGCUCCAUUGUACAAAACAAUUACUGUGACCCUGACAGUAAGCCUCCAGAAAACCAAAGAUCCUGCAACACUGAGCCUUGCCCACCUGAAUGGUUUAUAGGAGACUGGUCAGAGUGCAGUAAGACCUGUGAUGGAGGAAUGCGUUCACGAACAGUUCUCUGCAUCAGGAAGAUUGGGCCUUCUGAGGAGGAGACGCUGGACGCUGCCAACUGUUUAACACACCGGCCUGUUGAAAAAGAGCCCUGCAACAACCAGUCCUGCCCCCCACAGUGGGUUGCUCUGGACUGGUCAGAGUGCACACCAAAGUGUGGCCCAGGAUUCAAACACCGAAUUGUCCUGUGCAAAAGCAGUGAUCUUCUAAAAACCUUUCCAGCUGCACAAUGCCAAGACGAGAACAAGCCGCCAGUGCGCAUCCGCUGUAGUUUAGGCCGAUGUCCUCCUCCUCGCUGGGUUGCUGGGGACUGGGGACAGUGUUCUGCACAGUGUGGUCUUGGGCAACAGAUGAGAACAGUACAGUGCCUGUCAUAUACUGGACAAGCAUCCAGUGAGUGUUCAGAAACUCUCAGACCUCCAUCAAUGCAGCAGUGUGAAAGUAAAUGUGACAGUACUCCCAUUUCCAAUACAGAGGAGUGCAAAGAUGUGAACAAAGUGGCCUAUUGCCCACUGGUGCUGAAGUUCAAGUUCUGCAGUCGAGCAUACUUCAGACAGAUGUGCUGCAAGACCUGCCAAGGACACUGACCCACAGGAAGCAGAAGAAUGUGCCUUGUUUUUAUCAUUGUGGAAGAGUGUCCAUCAAAGAGAGCCACACAGCGGAAUAAGAUUGACGUCCUUGCAAAUGCAUUACCCUGUGGAAAACAUAACCACUGGUCAGCCCCAGCUGACGGGAUUUCAAUAUUAUUUUAACUUCUGUGAAGUGGGAUUUAUUAAUCCAAAGUGCUGGACACAGUAUGAGGGGAUCCCAAAUUUGAAAGAUUCACACAACACAUAUAGAUAGCUUACUGUGGAACAUUUGUGUUCUUUUGACUAAAUCCAAUAGUCUGUUUACAUCCAUGGACCAUUAAAAUAACUUUUAUUAUGGACUUAGCAAUGACACUGAAUCCAUUUCUAUUUAAAACUGUUUAAAAUGUAGUUCUUAUGAGUUGGUUUACUAUGGAAGUAAAAAAUAAUCAAAAAAAAGUUAAUUCAUAGCUUAAAAAUCUUAACUAUUUUAUCUCUUGACACAGCACCACAAUUUAAAUUAUAAAAUGAGCUUUGAAAUGUUAUUUAAGGAGCAUUUAAGAAAUUUUUUAGAAAAAAAAGUAUUUUUCCUUCAUUCCACCUAUUUCCCUUUGGAGUAAUCCAUAUUUCCUGAACACUGCUGUGAGCCAUAUAUAAAGCUAUACUAAAUAGAACAACCAUGAGGGACUUAGUUUUAAGAGGUGCAACAGUUAUUGCAGUGGUGCAUUAAAUACAAGUGUGCUGUGAAACAAAAUGAAAUCUUCACUGCAAGUUUAUAGCCAUCUUACCAUUGUACAAGUGAAACAGAACUGAAAGGAAUACAGUUCAUUAUCAUGGGGAGGCAGACCCCAGCAGUGGUGAAGACUGGAUUGCCAGUUCCUUCACUGCUACCAUAAAGAUUGUUUAGGAUUUACACUUUGACUCCAGCUCACUUUUGUUUACAACACCAGCCACAAAGAAGAAACAACUUUGUGGGCUUCUAGAUCUGGUUUACAUAUUAGCUUUGAUUCUCCAAAACUAAGUGAUUUGAAUGCAGAUGAUAAGUCUAGUGUGUAAUAGCAACAAUCCUUUGCAAAGCUGAAAGUUAAAAUGGAUUCCAGAUGUUCCCUCCUUUGAUACCAUAGCAGAGGUAUUGUUUACGAGAAGGAAUAUGUGAAUGUUCUAUUCAGGAGACCGUAUCUGAGUAGCAAGGAUUGCAACCAAAGAAUAAGUGACUCAUGGAGGUAUCUAGGUUCUGUUUUCAAAUGAGAAGUCAAAAGUGUGCUCGAGUCAAGAGGCCUGUGCCUGGAAUAAGGCACACUGGAAAAGGGAUGGCUGUUCUUCUGGCUGCCUUCACCUAAAUGGCCAGGUAACUAUUUGAAGCUGGACCAUAUUUAAGCAAGGGGCAGCUUUCAGCAUGAGACUGAAACAAAUUCAUGCCUGUAAAUUAGAAGCUAGAUAGUGAAUAGUCUUAACUAUUCACUGCCAUGUUCCACUUAUUCAUAUUACCCUAUUUUUAAUAUUCACCAAAUACUUAGUAUUUUUAAAAAUGAAACCAAAUUUCUUAGGCAAGUCACAAUCAGGAAUAUAACAUUAAAAAGUUAAUUGUCAUGCUCCUCUUCCCCUUCACUUUUCAGUAACAGUCUCAACAAGGAGAUAAGGAAAGUAGAUAUUACUUUAUAAUAAUAUAUUGUACUUGAACAUUUGCAUUUUGCAACAGGUACUUCAUGAAUGUGAUGGUGUGUCCAGCUAUGACUCCUUUGUUAUAAAACAGUUAAAAUUAUGUGAACAAUAAUGUGUUACAAAUUCUAACUCAAAUAGCACUUUUAAAAAAAAUAUUUUCAGUGAAAAAUAAUUUCAAAAUAUGAUAUUGAAGUGUACCAAUGUAUUUUACCAGUAACAAACCAAAUAUAUUGCACACUACUUACUAAUGUGAAUUAACAUGGAACAAUAGAUGCUGUUAAGAGGACUCAUACUAUGAAAUUUCCCCAACAUAUUGACAAUCUGUCAAGGGGUUUUGUGUAGCCCCAUGUCUGUACUCAUGACCAUCAAAUUCUUGUCAUCUGCUACCUCUUGCCAGUAUUUCCACUUCUGUACAAUUGUGACCAGUUGAAUUAAUUUUCAUUUGGCUUGCAUGUAUUCACAUAUGCUUAUUAUCUGUUGCUCUCAUCACCAUGUAAACAACUCCUGUUAAAACUGACACCAGUAGAUAAAAACUCCCAAAUUUUUGGGAGUUGCACAUAGAGAUUAAGGGCAGUAUGUAGUCCUUGUCUGUUAAGUGAAUUGACUUCCUAUGUCCUUUUGACAAAACACCUUGGUGCUAACAUGCCCUGGUUAGAUCAGAAGUAUGAUGAAAGGGUAAGGGGUUGUUGCAACAUUCCUUAAGCAAGAGGCCUCUUUGUAUCAGGGUCCAGUUUUCUCCAGGACAUGAUUUUGUUUAUCAGCUAAUGUGUCAUUUCAGCUAAUGAGAAAAGGGUUUUCUCUGUAUUGAAAAUAAGCCCUUUUUUUUACCUCACUUAGGACAUGAAAAUUGUAAGGAAUGUUUCCAAAGACACAUUUUGCUCUCUUACUGGGGCUAGAACACCGGGGAUUCUGAUGUUUACUCUGCAAUAUAACAGCACUGAGAUUGGAAUUUAAAGAACUGCCUGGAGCCAUGUUGAAUUGUAUUGUUAAAGGGAACAAAACACAGAAUGUAUAUGGAUUUGCAAACUAAGUAACGCUACAGACUAAGACUGAAAUAUGAAACCGAAUUAAAAGAAAAAUAAUUGGUUUCAACAGCACAGUUCAUUGCUGCUGCUACACUGUAGCCAUCUAUAUAAUCUAAGCUAAAUAGUGUUAUAUUCCUAAGUAGUGACAAAACGAGUCUUUGUGCAGGCUAUAAAUAUGACAGACCUAGAAUCAAAUAGUACAAUACAAGAUGCAGAAACCUGGUGCUAGUACUUCUGCUGAGCAAUACUAUCAGCUGGUAAAGAUCAAAACAGAAAUAAAAAUCUAAGAUUAAUCCUUCAAGGUGUAUACAUCCGAAAUAGUCCAUUUCAUUAGGAACUUUAUAAAGGAGUGAAUGUCACAUAGAUAUCCUUAAUAGUACAGACUGAAAUUACCUUUGUAUUAUUGUGAUUAGUUGCUUAUUAUUUUAUACUCAGUAUUAAUGUGGUACACUGUUACUUUAUUAUUAUUUUUGCUUUUGUAAAUUAUAUUCUAAUUUAUUGUCAUGUUUCUUAACACUUGUUCUACAUGCAUUCUCCUGCUUGUAAUAAAAACAAAAAUAUUGUAACACUUGAUGCAGUGAAAUUCCACACCAGGCACAGAUUUGUUUUUAACAUAGAUAAUUUAGUAAAAUAAAAGUGCAGCUUUUAAGAUUGAUACCCAUGAUACAGUUGUCUCUUCCCUUACUUACAGUUACUAGAAUUCUGUAUGCUUAAUGUUUGCUUCAUCCGGUACAUCAAAAUAUAUAUAAGGUGUCUUCUUUGAAGUAACAUCUAUGUUAUGGUAGAAUCCUGUCCUGGGCAGCGGCAAUAUUUGUCAUAUAUAAGCAAAUAAGGAAAUAACAAAAAGGAAAAAUCAAGAAUACGGUCAUGUACAUUACUUACGUACUUAGUCUAAGCAGUGAUGUAGAUCAAGAAUGAAAUUAUUGGCAGCAAAACUAUUUUGUACUUCUUGGAAUUAUUACAGACAGUCAAUAAUAACAAUAAAAUGUCCUUCUUGCAUUGA